AGACAGAGAUCGACGAUUUAUUUACAUGACAGUUCAAAAGUGAGGUUAGAAACCCGCGUCCAACUAAACCCAUCAAAAAAAAUCCAAAAUAUUUACCUCUCAAAAUGUUACUUAAAGUCUUCAUUACGAAUUGUUCGAUCGUUUUUUAUCAGCGGCAACAAAAUAUUGGAAAACUAUGGAAAUGCGGUACAGUUUUAAUAGGUUCAGGAUUAGCGCUUUCCGCGUUAAACUUAAAGGCGGAAAUGGCUAAAGCGAUAACCUCAACAAACCCAAGUACAUUUAUGGCAACCCCGGUGACCCCUAUAAAAGAUCUCAUUGAUAAUCCGAACGACAUGAAAUCGCGUAUGGAACUAAUGAUUCUUCGAGUCCAAGAAGAGGUGUGUCGUGCUUUAGAAAAUGAAGAAGAAAAUGGGAAAAAAUUCACCGUCGAUCGUUGGGAACGCAAAGAAGGAGGUGGCGGUAUAACUUGUGUCUUACAAGAUGGAAAAGUUUUUGAAAAAGCUGGCGUAAACAUUUCCGUUGUACACGGUCAAUUAACCCCAAACGCCAUUGCAAUGAUGCGAGCUCGAGGAAAAAAAUUAUCUCAAGAUCGAUUACCGUUUUUCGCAGCGGGAAUCAGUUCUGUUAUUCAUCCAAGAAAUCCCCAUGUUCCAACUAUUCAUUUCAACUAUAGGUAUUUCGAGGUAAAAGAUGGUGAUCAAAUAUAUUGGUGGUUCGGUGGUGGUACAGAUUUAACGCCGUAUUAUUUAAACGAAGAGGACGCGCGACAUUUUCACAAAGUUCUUAAAGAAACUUGUGAUAAACACAAUAAAUCUUAUUACGAGAUGUUUAAGAAAUGGUGUGAUGAUUACUUUUAUAUACAACAUAGGGGUGAAAGGAGAGGUGUUGGGGGAAUAUUUUUUGAUGAUUUAGAAAAUCCUUCGCAGGAGAAAGUUUUUAAAUUCGCAGAGGAUUGUGCAGAUGCUGUUAUACCUUGUUAUAUACCAAUUGGUGAGUAAAGAAAAUUGAUUAAU